ACCAACAUGGCCGACGUCAACAACGAAGGCCAUCCUCUUGACACUGUUCUUUCGAUCUUUGAGGAAGCUUUUGACCAUCCAGAAUCGUAUCUUAAACCUCCCGCUUCUCUUCAUAAGAAUACUUUAAUAGCAAUUAAGCAGAUAUUUGACUUUUGCAAGAAAGAUGAACUACGCGGAAAGCGAUCUGCUACGAGCACGUGUCCUUUGCAGGAACUCUUGGUCGAAAAUUUCGAUGAUGAACAGAUAUGGCAAGAAAUUGAGCUGCAGAAUACUCCUUUGAUGCGUGGAAUUAAGCAAGAAAUUCUUGAUUUGAAAGAAAAUCCUAACAAGCUUUCUCUUUUAUCUGGAGGAAAACAUAUCGUGAGUCGGAGACAGGACUUGGAAGAGAAAGAAGCCAAUGUUGGAAAUGACAAUGGUGAAUUUAAUAGUGCAGAGAGUUCUGAUAAUCAGUUGGAUGAAGAUGUUGAAAAUGGCGAUGAUGACGAUAAUGAUGAUGACAUCAGCUAUGAUAAUGACGAUGAUGAUGACAAUGAUGAUGACGAUGAUGAUGACGAUGAUGGAGAUCAUGAAGAGGAAGAUGCUAAUAUUGAGAACAAUGAUAGUAAAGAAGUUAGCCUUUCUAAUGGUGCUAACAGAUACCAAAGACCAUCAAAGAAAAAGUCUCAAGUUGAUGACACUUUCUUCAAACUUUCUGAUAUGCUUGACUUUUUAGAUAAAGAGGACAGAAAAUAUGAAAGAGCUCAUAAAAAGGACAACAAAAGAAAAGAUAAGGAUGAUGAAGUUAAUAGCGAGGAAGAUAUUGAGCCUGUUGACUACUUUAUUGAUAUGGAAAGUGAUGACACUGAUGAAGGAGAAGAUGAGGAGUGGAGUGAAGCUAUAGAUGCAACAGAGUCACUUGUUAGAAGAAAAAAGGUGAAAAAGAGGAAAAUAACCAAAAGGAAGACAUCUGCCACCAAAAUGAAAUAUGCAGACUUCUUUGAUCCCCCUGAGGGAGAGGAUGGUGAUGGAAUUAAUGAGCAAAACAGUGAUGCUGAUGAAGAUAAAGAUGAAGAUGAAGAAGUAGAUGCAGAAGCUGAUAUAGAUGAAGAUUCAGAGAGUGAUGAAAUUCCUUCAAAAAGUCAAAAGGAAGAGGAUACUAAAAUCUUAUCAAAUUUUGAGGAAAAGCAGGAGAGGCUAAAACAGAAAAUUGAAAAGUUAGAAAAAGCCAACUUAGCUGAAAAACCUUGGCAGAUGUCAGGAGAAACUGGUGGAAGUGUGCGACCCAUUAAUAGUUUGCUUGAAGAGGAUGUCAGCUUUGACCACACAACGACUGCUGCUCCAGACAUAACAGAGGAGACAACUCAAAACCUGGAGGACAUAGUGAAACAGCGCAUCAAAGAUGAGGCAUGGGAUGAUGUGGAACGUAAAGUAAAGCCUGUUACGGAGCCAUAUGAGUACAAGAAAAAGUUACCUCUGGAUCAAGAAAAGAGUAAAUUAAGUCUUAGCCAGAUCUAUGAACAGGAAUAUCUUAAACAAACACAGGCAGAAGCUGAAGAAAAAGAAAUUGAAGAGCAUACAGAGAUCAAAGCCUUGAUGACAAAACUUUUUGUCAAACUAGAUGCUUUGUCAAACUUUCAUUUUACACCCAAACCACCCAAACCAGAACUUAAAGUUGUCAGUAAUGUUCCAGUGAUAUCAGUCGAGGAAGUGACCCCAGUGACUUUGAGUGAUGCAAUGAUGUUGGCUCCAGAGGAGGUCCAUGAAAAGAAGAAAGACCAGAAAGGAAGUUCUGAGAAAACAGACACUGACAGAAAGCGUGCCCGAAGAGCUAGGAAAAGAAGACAACAUGAACAAGCUGUGGCAAGAGGAAAGAAAGCCAAACUUAUGGAAAAACUCAAACCUGGCCUGGGAAACAAGUAUUCUAAAAAGGCUGCACUGAAGAAAUUGGAAAAAGAUCAGACAUCUCAAAAAAAUGUGUCUGUGUUGAGAGAUGAAGAUGGUGAUAAACCAGUGAACACUUCAUCUGCCUUCUUUUCUCAACUUCAAGAUGAAGUCAGGGAUCAAGUAAAAGCUAAGAAAGAUAGGAAGAAAAAGAAGGAGAAGUCUGCUGUUAAAGUUUCCCAAUUGAAACUCUGAAGUCAAAUCAAACUUUUGUUCUACAUUCUGCUGGUCUAAAUUAUUUACUGGGCAAUUCUGCAUGGGUGACCACAGGCAGCCCAAGCUCACU